ACCUCAUUGUACCAAACGACACUUUGCUAGUUUCGUGUCCAGAGCUCCUCAUCGUCUUCCAACUCACUCUCUCUUUUUCACCGUCCAGCAGCAGCCGCAGCCCCGCACUUUUUUAUCCUUCAACAUUGCGGGUGGACUUGUCCGUCUUAAGUUUUCAAAAAUUCGUCUCGAUCCGACCCAAAAGUUGUCUACGAUGGCUCGCGUCCUCAUCGCCAUAGCCAUCCUCAUCGGAGCCGCUUCGGCCCAGAACAUUCGCAGCGAUGCGUUUGUUUGCCCGAAGGAAAACGGCUUCUUCGCUCACGACAUUUCCUGUGACAAAUACUGGAAAUGCGUAGAUGGAGUGGCUACGUUGGAAGUCUGCGGCAAUGGCUUGGCUUUCGAUGACACCGACCCCAAGAACAACCGCGAAAACUGCGAUUACGUCUACAACAUCGAAUGCGGGGAUCGUCUCGAACUUGAACCACCAAUCAGUACCCCUCACUGCCCAAGUUUGCACGGAGUCUUCCCCGAUGAGACCAAAUGCGACGUAUUCUGGAGCUGUUGGAACGGUGAGGCCAGCCGUUACCAGUGCGCACCCGGUUUGGCUUACAGCCGAGAAAGCCGUGUCUGCACAUGGGCCGAUCAGGUUGCCACCUGCAAACAAGAAGAAGUUGGAAAUGGAUUCGUUUGCCCAGCCACUGGCGAUGUUGCCACCGGUGCUUUCAGCCGUCACGCUCACCCCGAUGAUUGCCGUAAAUACUACGUCUGCAUGACCGGAAACGCCCGCGAAUACGGAUGCCCACUCGGAACCGUCUUCAAGAUCGGUCUCGAUGACGUCAGCGGUUUCUGCGCUGAUCCCGAGGAAGUCGAAGGAUGUGCCGACUACUACGGGACGCUGGAUCUGAAUAGCCUGCGCAACACUGAAGUCCAGGCUGGUGUUGCCCCAGCACCUGAGGCUGCCCCUGUCAGGGUGGCAGCUGCUCCCAAGAAGCCCGUCACCAGCCGGCCAUCUUUCCGUCCUCGUCCAGUCACCGAGGUUCUCGUGGUCGAAGAACCACUUGCCGAUGAGGCCGCUGUUUAAAUGGACACAAAUUAUAUCGACAUCCACCAACACACUUUCCUUCUUUUGCGCACCUUUCAAUCUCGUGCCAAUCUUCUUUUCACUGUAUAAUUCUGUUUCGAAACAGCAGCAACUAAUGACGCAUGCGUCAAAUCAAAAAAAGGAAACUAAAAGAAUUACGUGACGUAAAAGCCAACUGAAAAACAAAAAAAAAAAACUACGAACUUUUCGCAUUUUCUUCCCAAGUGAUGGUUUUUGAUUACGGCAUCUAAAAAGCAACAUGUUGAUUGAUCCUUUUUUUCUCUUUUUCCUUGUUUUCCUGUCCUUUUUUUAUGUUUUCCCCGUCUCUUCUUUUUAUAGCCAAGACUACUAUGCGGAUAGCGGCUUAGACAUCAAGGCCCUCAGCAAGUUGGGUUUUUAAAAGAACAAGCAGGCGCUCACACAGCGACGAGCAACAAGUUUUCCAGUGUUUGUGUUGGUGUUUUUCAGCUCAAAUUUUCUUUCCUCACCAAUUUUUCCAUCAAAAAAUGAAGAACGGGAUUCUCACAGAAAAAAAACCCAUGACCCCUUUUCCUCCAUCUUCUUUCCCCACUAAUGAUGGACGUCUAAGGUCAUCAUUGUCCACGAUUCCCCCUCCUAAAUUGAAAGAAACCAAACUGUACCCUUGUAUACAGCCGCGUGUAAAUACAAAAGACUGCCGUAUACAAACAAA